CUCUCUCCCUGGGGAAACCGAUAGAAGAUCCUCAAAUAUCCAUCCCCCUGCCCCCAGAAACCCUCGCAUAGACUGCCGGCGUCACUCCGGCUCGUAGUGGCGGUGCCCGAUCAUGUCGUCCUCCGCCGAGGAACCGUCUGGUAACUGGCCGGAGCUGCCGCGGGACCUCACGGCAGCCAUUCUGCUGAGGCUCGGUGCAAUCGAGAUCCUGAACACCGCUCAGCGGGUGUGCACCCAGUGGCGGAGCAUCUGCAAGGAGCCUUCCAUGUGGAGAACCAUCGACAUGCCCAAUGGAGGCGAUCUCUGGGACACGGGAGAGGAUUUGGACGUCAUGUGCAGGCACGCCGUCGAUCGCAGCUGCGGCGGCUUGGUUGAUAUCCGUAUCGAGAAUUUCUGCACCGAUGAACUCCUGAACUAUAUCACUGCUAGCUGCACUCAAAUCAAACGCCUUCGGCUAGUACGCUGCUACUAUGUUUCAGAUGAAGGAUUGUCUGAAGCUGCUGCAAAACUCCCAAUGCUGGAGGACCUGGAACUCUCAUACUGUUCGUUCUCUGAGGAAGCUCUUGAAGCUGUGGGAUGCCACUGCCGUCGCCUUAAGUCCCUGAAACUUAACAGCCAAGGUUUCCGGUACCCACACAUUGAAGUAGACGAGGGAGCACAGGCUGUAGCGAAGACCAUGCCCGAGCUUCGGCAACUCCAGCUCUUUGGAAACAAGCUGACUAACGUGGGCCUGAAGGCGAUUCUCGAUGGCUGCCCCCACCUUGAGUUCCUCGACCUGCGCCAGUGUUUUAACAUCAACCUCAGUGGCAAGUUGGGGAAGCAAUGUGCUGAGCGGAUCAAGGAUUUAAGGCAGCCCUUGGACUCAACCCAUGAUUAUGAAUACGGCGCGGAGCUUGAGGAAGAUCUUUCUAUUGACGAAGAAUACCCCUCUGGCAUUUCAGAUAUUGAAGUGGUGUCGGACUAUGACUAUGACAAUUAUUUCUCUGGAUGCGAGUAUGAUGACAGUUACUCAAGCUGCGAGGAUUUUGACUAUGAUUGACAUCUUACCGUAGGGCCUGGGAGGAAGAGGCCAUGGUGCUGCCUCCUUUUGCUUCUAUCGUUUCUUAAUCUGCUAGGACAACUUCCCCUUUUGUGUGUUUGUCCAUAGGCUGUUUUUUGGCGUAGUGAGUGGCUACUUCGUACCUUUGAUGCAAUGAGAUCAUGUAUGUAGGGUCUUCAAUGUUGUGCCUUGUAAAAUUGGAGUAUUGUGCAAAAGAGUGUUCUUUGAGAUCUUAUCCGCUAAUCUCUUUGGAAGUAUAAGAGCUGGAACACUUUUUUCCA